GUCAUGUCUUCAUUUGAUUUAUGAGAAUUGAGAUUCUAUGAUUGAAAAAGUUAAAUCAGUUAUUUAUGAACAUGAAGGAAAGUUUUCUACCCAAGAUUCUCCUUUCUAUUCAGUGAUCUAUAGUAUUCUUUAUGAUCGUUGGGCAAAAAGUAAUACUCCACUCCAUUGUCUAGCUCAUUCAUUGAAUCCAAGGUUUUAUAGUGAACAAUGGCUUGAAGGAGGUGAAGGUAGAGUGCCUCCUCAUAUGGAUGGGGAAGUAUCUAUUGAGAGGAACAAAUGUUUUAGAAGGAUCUUUUCUGAAGAUGAGCGUUUUAAAGCAUUGGAUGAGUAUGCUAACUUCUCUCUCAAAAGUGGACCGUUUGAAGAUCCUGAUUCAAUUGGUGCUAGAUUUAAUACAGAACCGAUGAAGUGGUGGGCAUGUUUUGGUUCAAAUGCUCCAUUGCUUCAAAAGUUAGCAUUCAGAGUACUUGGACAACCUAGUUCCUCCUCUUGUUGUGAAAGAAAUUGGAGUACUUAUUCUUUCAUUCAUUCCAUUAGAAGGAAUAAAUUAAUUCCAAAACGUGCAGAAGAUUUGGUUUUUGUUCAUAACAAUCUUCGUUUAUUGUCAAGGGUUAACUCUAAGUAUUAUGAUGGUAAGGAGAAGAUGUGGGAUGUUGGUGGAGAUGACUUUGGGAGUAUGGAAGAUGUGGGAGUUCUUCAAUUAGCCAACCUGUCAUUAGAUGAACCAGAAUUGGAGUCUGUUUUUUUCGAUGAAGAUGCAAAUGACAUAAUGGAUAAGGAGAAUGAUCAAAUAGAGAAAAUACAAUAAAUAUUUUACUAUUUUUUAAAUUUUUUAUUAUAUUUUAUUUGAUGACU